CUGUUUGUUGAGCGUUUAGCACAUGGAGCACUGCAGCAAACACACAGGUGAUUUACACUCGUCUCUCAGGGCCGAACGUUUCCAUACGCAAACUAUUAUUAAACUAACGGAUCAUGUGGAUUAAAUAUGUGCUUUUGAAACGUUUGCUAUGAGACAUGUCAGCUUACGAAGGCCAGAACUGUGAAGAUCUCAGUGUCUGAUGCCCAGGGUUGAAAAGCUCAUAUGAACAUCACAGGACAGGCAGUAUGGGGACCUGGCAUGGCUGCGAUGGAUAUAUAAGCAUCCUUAUCUCCAAAUGUGUCUCAUUGGUGCAGACACGAGGUCCAGCGUCAGUCAGAGCAUAUGCAUGCGAUGUCUAUAAAUCCCUGGCCCCGUUAAUGCUCUACGCUGCCAUCCUGGUGGUCGUUGUUUUGUAUGCGCUCACAGAUCAGCUCCACGACUUUGUGUGCAGGAUCUUCUUUCCACAGUACCACUACCCAUACACUGCGCCUUUUGCCCUCAUACAGGUGCUCCUGAACAUCCUGGCCUUGCUGGGUCUUCGUUCUCUGGGUCUUGUUCAGCUCAAUACGUUCUCUUGGAGACUAGCUGAGCGGCUGAUGGUACCUGCUGUUUGUGGUGCUGUACAGUAUGUUCUAGCGAUGUGGGCGAAGGCGAGUGCACACUCUGGAUUGUACCCUCUCACCGGGCGGCUCCUCCCGCUCUUCACCCUGGCAUUUGGUCACCUGCUAGGAGUCAGAAAGCCUAAAUCCGCCCAUUUCACCUGCUUACUCACGGCGAUCACUUUCACCUCUAUCGGAAUUACAGCGUACGACGGCGUUUACAACAUGGAGCUGCUGGAAUAUAUAUACUCUCCUCUCAGUCUGGUCCUUCACAGUCUCUCUCUGGCCUGGCUGUCUAAAGUCGCCCAGAUCGAGCAAAGAAAUGCUACAACUUCUGACCUCUAUUACACCCUGACAGUGACCCAAAGUGCGUUGCUGUUACUGCUGUGUGUAAUGCAUCCGGACACUCCAAAAGCGAUCGCUCAUGGCAGUUGGCACACUCUGCUCUUCCUGGGAUACAUGUUAGCCGUGCUGCUCCUCGGCUCUGUACAGAUUUUUCUAGUGGGCAUGACGGCACUUAGGUACUCGCCGCUAUCCGCGGCUCUUCUACACUCCGCCAGAGGACUCGCAACACCUCUUAUUAACUUAUUGUAGCACAAAGACAACAACCAGAGAAGACGGUCAAUAAGUCAUCAUUAAUUUCCCCUUCGCUAAAUCCUAGUUGGGGGGCACGGUGGCUUAGUGGUUAGCACGUUCGCCUCACACCUCCAGGGUUGGGGGUUUGAUUCCCGCCUCCGCCUUGUGUGUGUGGAGUUUGCAUGUUCUCCCCGUGCCUCGGGGGUUUCCUCCGGGUACUCCGGUUUCCUCCCCCGGUCCAAAUACAUGCAUGGUAGGUUGAUUGGCAUCUCUGGAAAAUUGUCCGUAGUGUGUGAUUGCGUGAGUGAAUGAGUGUGUGUGUGUGUGCCCUGUGAUGGGUUGGCACUCCGGCCAGGGUGUAUCCUGCCUUGAUGCCCGAUGACGCCUGAGAUGAGGCUCCCCGUGACCCGAGGUAGUUCAGAUAAGCGGUGGAAGAUGAAUGAAUGAAUGAAUGAAUGAAUAAAUCCUAGUUAUCGGCUAGUUACAUUAGCUAAACGAUGUGUUGGAAGAAAAAUGCACCACCAUCACCAUACAGAAGAGCGGACAGAUGAACAUCACGUGUUAAACAGGCAGGAGUCAAUGUUUAGCUGAGGUAAAGAAACAUCAAUAAAAUGUGAUGUGUAACCUAACAAACCUGUGAAUGUGUCACUGGUUUCGCUUGGGGUAAAUAAUCAGACAAGAUA